AUGGGCCAGCAACACAGAUUUAGUGGGAGGGAGUAUUACCCAUCACUGGGUCCUUCUUCCUGGGAUACCCGCGGUGCAGCAAUUGACGAAAAUCAAGGCACUGAACAGCAGCAUGUCUCGGGGAGGACUGGGGCGCCACCAGAACCCAUUCAACAAAUCCUACGCAAUCAUGCUCACCUUCCUGUCAAGUGCUUUUACAUGUUUUGCAUUCUGGAGGACGGCAAAGAUGUCAGCUUCUGUACACCUGGUACGCUAUCACAGGCAAGCGUGACAAGUCUUUCGGAGCACGUCAAGCACAUGUUUCCGCCAAAUGGAAUAUCUGCAUCGACGCCUUCUUAUGAAGAUCAGAUCCCAUACCGACGCUCAGCUUUUGACAUCAAGCCAGCCCUCGACUUGGAAACACCAGAGAGUUUCAGUGUUGGAAGCCAGAUUCCCCGAAAGCGGCGUGGGCAUUUUGACGACGUGCAACCCCGUACCGUGACCAAGUAUACAAAGCCCAUCAUGGUCAAAGAUGCUCCACAGCUAUGGCUCUUUUACGAGCAACGUUUCAAAAAUUGUCAGCAAGCUGCUUGCAAACUCAUUGCAAAAAUUUGGAUCAAGACUGUCGAGCCAAAGAAACAAUCCAAUCAUCCAUACACGGGAAAUGAUGGAAAGGCACCGGACUGGUGGCCAAAAGCUCACCCCAAUGCCAGUGCGGACGAAAAGGUCAGACACAAGGAGCCUGACCACUUGUACAAGAGAGAGAGGCUUCGUCUACUCGGCCACAUUCUGCGAAUGGUGAUGGAGCCGCCCAGCCGCCAACAUCCCGACAUUAAGAAAUUGCAGCUCAGUGUGGCCAAGCUUGAAGAAGUCACAAUGGAGGCGCUAAAUGGCUGGUUUGCGGAUACUAGCAGUCCGUCAAACGGGGCAAAGAAGCCAUACUUGGAGGAGAUUUUCAAAAUUGCAAAACAGGAAGAAAGGUUCCGAGACGGAAUGAUUGACGGAACCACAAGAGUCCAUGUUUCUACGGAUGAUAGGCUCAUGGAUGGCAAAAUGUCGGACACGGAAGAAACUAGCCCGUCGCGAGUUGGUGACCAAGACCGCAAGUCGACCUCACGAAGCCUCACGCCCCACGGAGGACUUGCCGCAGAACUGGCCCCGUACGGAAGCGCUCAAGGCACGCUCGAUGAAGCCGAUGAAUCCACAAACGGAGCUUAUCUCAACGAUGUGAUGAUAAGAGGCCAUACGUAUGCGCCAACACUUGAGAGCUCGGAUUUUCAAGAGGAGGUAGCAAGGUAUGGCGAGGUUGCCGCAAUACCUAGCGGGCCGCCAAUGCAGGGAUUCGCCAGUAUGAAUUACUUAUCAGGCCCCGACCCGACGAGAAGACCCGUUGCUGAGACACAAUCGGAGUUUCCCGCAUCAUCGACGGCAGGCAGUUUUGAUCAUUGGGCAAAUACCUCCAGUGCCAACUCUUCGGCAGUGUAUUCCAUGACUGGCCACCCGUUUCAGCCGAAUCAUUCGACAGCCGUUGGCCAUUCCACGGGUCCCAUGACUCCAUCACACAACUAUUCCAUGUUCUAUGAUGGCAUGCCACGCAGCCAUGAUCUGGGUCCGCCACCCUUUAGCCGGUUGGGCCCAAUGCCAUCUCCCACAGGUUACCCCGAUUAUGGACAACCCGGUUUACGGGAUCUCCCGGAUCCGAAUGUCAAGCAAGAGGCAUAUACUAGGAAUAUUAACUAA